GAAAAACAGAAAAACCGAAAUUAGCGGGAAGUGCAGAAAAAUCGCCAAAAUUUUCACGCGCAACUAUUAAGAACCAUAAACAGCCUCACCAUUGAUCAAUUCCUGCAACUGCAAGAGCGGAUCCGUAACUUCGAGGGCAUGCUUGGCGGCGGCAGCGGGGAGCGUUUGUGCACGCCAAGCACUUCGGCCGGCCCAUUCCGCAUCUUCUCUGUGGCCGGAUUCCAAAACAGGGCCAAUGACAUUGUCUACUGCCCGCCAAUUGUGCGACAGCAACAGUCGCAGCACGUGCCGGAGGACUCCACGGCCAUUAUAUACUUUGGCGGCGACGUUCAGGAUUUUCCUGAGAGCAUGGAGACGAAUCGCGACAGCAGGGGCUACAUGAAGUACAAUCUCGAGAAUUCGGCCAUUCUGCUGCGCGAGGCCUUCCCCAGGUCCCACAUCAUCGUCAUCCGGCCAGUGCGCAUGGAGUUCAAGACAUUUAGCUGCUUUGAUAAUUUUGUGAGAGGCAACAAUGCUGGGGUCCCAGAUCAUACACCCAUGAACCAUGCCCUCCAACAUCUGGAAAAAUUAUUGCAGAACUUAUCGCAGCGCUUGAUCUCCAUACCCGAGAACGAGAUCCUUGAUCAGGCCGCCCAGGCGGCGGCUGCAGCGGCGGCAGUGGCAGCUGCUGCUGCGGCCGCUGCUCUAACGCUAUCCAAUGCCACCGUCACCUCGGAGUCCAACUCGCAGUCGGCGCCCUCCUCCAACGACAGCAGCCAGGAUAUGGACAUAGACAUACUUCAGGUGCAGGAGAACGUUACCGUGGAUGCGGACGGUGCUGUUAUAUUUCCCAUUGUGGGCAGCGAGGCGGCGGAGACGGUCAAUAAUGUGACUGGAAAUAAUGGCAACAUUGGCAGCAGCAACGAGGCCAGUGCGAACAACCAUCAGGAGGAGCAGGCGAACAAUCAGAUCCAGCAGCAAACGCAACAGGCGGCGGCCAUUAAGUUGACUUCUGCCACCAACAAUGUGGAGCACUACAACAAUGACUGUGCCACGAGGCAGGUUCCGGCAGCAAAUGCAAGUGCUACAUCAGCGGCGGCAACAGCAACGACGGCGGCAACCCCCAGCGACAGCAAUCCCCUUUGGUGGCGGGAGAACCUCAACCUGGACAAGUCCAAGCUGGUGCUGAUUGGCUUCAGCAAGGGUUGCGUCGUGCUCAAUCAAUUCAUCUACGAGUUCCAUUACUUGAAAACCCUCACGCCCGACGACAGCAGCAUGUGCCGCUUGCUCUCACGCAUUUCGGACAUGUACUGGCUGGAUGGCGGUCAUGGAGGCCAGAAGAACACAUGGAUCACAUCGCGUAGCUUGCUGGAGACGCUAACGCGCAUGGCAGGCAUGAACAUCCACGUCCACCUGACGCCCUACCAGGUGCAGGACGACCGCCGGCCCUGGAUCCGCAAGGAGGAGAAGCUGUUCACUGAGAUGCUAAGGAGGCUGAAUGCGCCGAUUACCCGGCACCUGCACUAUGACAACCAACCGGCCAACCUUAUGACCCACUUUGAGGUGCUGCAGGCCUUUUGUCAGCACGUCCAUGCCCUCAACCAGCAGCAGCAACAGCUCCAGCAACAGCAGCAGCAGCAGGGAGUGGGGAUUAGCGAUCAGUCGGCGGUGGCCACCAACAACGGCGGGAGCAACAACAGUCUACUGGAAAGCGGCGAGGAGGCAAAGUGA